GCAAAAAAGACGCCAGUGCCCUCGCGAACGUAUGGUUGAAAAGGGUGAAGUCCAUGAACAUUAAAUUGAUCGACAUCACAGCGUUUGUGACGGACUCCGCCGGGGUGAACGUCACGGCAAUGGAGGUAUUCCAAAAAGAUGAGAGUGUGAAACACAUCUUCUGGAUUCCUUGCGUCGCCCAUAUCAUGGACCUCAUUCUCGAGGACAUCGGCGGGAUUGAUUGGGCGGCUUCCCGCAUUGCGCAAGCGAGGCUGGUUACACGGUUCUUCAAGCGCCAUGGAUAUGCGAUAGAGGUUCUUAAGGCGUACUCGACGAAGACUCUUCUGACACCGGCGGAAACUCCAUGGUGGGUGGAUUUGAGAGCUCUGUGCAAGAUGCUCGAGCCCAUCAUGGACAUGCUGAAGUUGGUGGACAACGACACACGCCAGAUCAACAAGAUUCUGCGACGUUUUGAGGAGAUGAUUGCAUCUUGUUUAUCCGCAUUUCGUGACAUUGAUUGGGACCAGCAGGAUGCUAUUGUGGAGGUGUUCCUCAGGCGGCGCACAAUGUUCAAGACCCCCGCCCACACGGCAACCAUGCUGCUAGAUCCAGAGUUCCGGGACGCGACGCUGUAUGACGAUGCGGAGGUGCAGCAGGCCUUGGUCGAGGCCCUGGUCCAGAUACUCGAUCGACCUUCGUUGUGCGACGAUGGUGAUGGAGAGAGGCCCGACAUCUUCGGGAAAUGGGUGCAUUAUUGGCAGGCCGUGGAGGACGAGGCGGUUGUGGACCAGCAGCUCGCCAGAGGCACCGGUGCGCUGGCGAAGGUGACCGAGGAGGAGUUGAGCCUCGCCAGAGAGAGGAUGCGCGUCGUUUCCCGCAUGGGAGCCGAGCGUCGGGUGGCGGAGUCGGAUAGGAGGCGAUGCAGGGCCGGAGGUCGGGGACGUGGCGGCCAUGGACGAGCAGGUGUGGGAGGACAGACACGUGGCAAUGUGGGUUCCACUCCUCGGACUUGGCGACAGCGGACGGAUGGUUGCAUUCGCAGGGCCCGCAUGCGUUGGGACGAGGGUGACUUCUUGUUCGACAACACAUCCAGCGACGACGGCGAUUUCUUUGCACAUCGUGUCCACAUUGCGACCGACACGGGGGCACAUGUCAUGCCGCAGGACCUGGUUGCCAUGUCAGAGGACGAGAUGGGAGAUCCUUCCAACAAGAUGCGGCGUGACCCGGUUCACGCAGAGGCGCAAGUCUCGGUGACUGAUACGAUGGUGACGGAGGAGAAUACUGGGUUCAGGAUCACUCAUCCCCAGUUGCCAGCGCCGGUUGUUAGUACUGAGGAGGAGACGGAGUUCGGAGGACCCGGUCCACUCCACCAGGCGCAGACUUGCCUGUUGGACGAGAUGACGCUCGUCGUUAGAGGGUUCGACGAGUUCGGCGGCGACACGAUACUGCAUCCUCCAGAGUACGGCGCUCCCGCCAUUUUUCAUGUCAGUGGACCGUGGGCGGUGGAGCAGGGGUUGACGGAGAAGGUGGCACGCAACCGUCGUAGCGGACUGCCCGUCGCAGCGCAACGUAGUCUAGGAGGUUCACUAGAGGCAGCAUCUGGAGAUUUUGUGGCGCAGGGGGGUCAUGGUUUGCAACAGUUAUCGGACGACGUGUCAUCGGUCCGUCCACCGGACGAGGGUCCGCAGCGAGAGCCACAUCGAGGCUCGACGGAGACUUUAGAAGCGAGACCUCCCGGAGUUAUCCGCUCGGACGGAGGCGAGGGCGUGGGCCAUGAUACGGCGCAGCCAGGGAGCGCAGACGCUAGACGGUCCAUCGGGGGGGGCAUCGAGCACAUAGGGUCAUCGACCUCACACCCCAACAUUGUUAGGCCGAGCGCACAUGACGUUGGAGACGCUGUCGACUGGUAGAAGAGUUCUGCCAGCCUCCAACACAAACCGUAUGGCUCACGCUGCGUCUGUCACCCACGGGAGGGUUGGUUGGGGCUCCUGUAACCUACAUAAGUCACGUCAGUACACAUCCAAGACAAAG